AAUUCAUGCACACUUGGGUGAAACCAUUCUGUUGCCACAACUUCAUGAUGACCUUACUAACAAGCUGGAUGUCAGCCCCAACAGCAUUUCUCCUCUUAUAUUUUUGGAGAGCAAAGGUACAUGCUUCUGGAAACCCAGAGGAGGAAAUAGAUUACACAUACGUUAUUAUAGGAGUUACUCUGGGAGCAGUUCUAGCAAUUGGUUUUGUAGCAGUAAUAAUCUGCAUGAUCAAAGCCAAAGUGAUUGACAGUGUCUUUGGAGAGUCAGAUGGCAGAAUGGAUAAAAGGUCGAAUUCGGGAUCGAGCCAAAACAGAUGACAGCAAUGCAAUAAGAAACCAAAGGACAAGAGAUCAAUAACCCUUUUGCAAUCAACAGUUACCUGGUCUGAGGAUCAAUAGAAAUCUCUUGUGCACAGGCAGGAAUCUUACCAAUGCCAAUCCUUUUCUUUGUUCUUUAGUUGAAAGGCUGAUUGAUUGUUUACAGGAAGACCUUAUAGUGCAGCUAACUUCAAUGGCCUGCACCCAAAAGGCCACUCAGCAUGUAUAUGAAGGAAAUGUAUGAGGAAAAUAAAAUAGAUGAGCUCUGUUCACUAAUAGAUCCUCUUUAUUCUGUGAUAAUUAUAUGAUUGAUUUCUGAAGUCAGUUAAAUACCAGCUAAUCAGAAAGGUGGCAGUAUAAUUCAGGAGCAGAAUUUAUGGUCACACCCAUAUUUCAAGAGAAGUAAACAAUGAUUUCAUCAACCUGGAAAAUAUUUCAUUUGAGGUUAAAACAGAACAAGGCUUCUCAUUUCAGGAAAAACAUGUUUUCUGUUAUUAACACAAAAACGUU